AUGACCAACAAGCUUCGCGAGACAAAACCCAACGUCCUAACCUUCGUCGGCCGCUAUGUCUUCCCCGGGGGCUACCUACCAACCAUCCAUAUGCUCCUCGACUCCUCCACCGGGGCUCAGACGGAAACUUGGAGGUCACCUCCGCCUUGA